AUGGAGGCCAUCAUCUUUAUUGUGUGUUCAUUGGCCAUAUUUACAGGAUUUGUCCAUCCGUCAGUAAUCCGGAAUUUCACUGAAAGCACUGCUGACCACGGUGGAUCUAGACGAGAUGUAGAGGUUCCUGUCCGGCUGGUACAAUCUCCCAUUGAAGCAGAGGGGAGGGUGGAAGUAUUCCACGAUGGCGUAUGGGGGACUGUCUGUGAUGUGUUAUUUGGAGCUGCUGAAGCAAAACUUGUCUGCGAACUACUUGGAUACAGUCAUGGCGGAAUACUCCAGCCCAAACUGACAUACGGGUUUGGGCGUGGACCUAUUAUGGUGGACCUUGACUGCCCAUGGGAUGCCAUGAAUCUUGAUCAGUGCAGCCAUACGGGAUGGAGUGAAACCCCACCGAGGAUCUGUAACCAUGACGCGGAUGUCGGUGUGGCGUGCAGAAUGACACCCUCAGAAGAUGUACCUGUCAGACUGAUCGGAGGUACCGGGCCUCACGAGGGGCGUGUUCAGGUAAAACACAAUGGACAAUGGGGCACAGUGUGUAAUCAGGACUGGGACCCUAGGGAUGCGGCUGUCAUCUGUCGUCAACUCGGCUAUAGUCAUGGCGGCGAGGCGAUGAUGUGGCCGGCAAGAUAUAAUUUCGGGACACGUCCGCCCGGACCGAUCUGGUUGAGUGAACUGAGCUGUGGGGGUAAAGAGCCUCGUCUUGGGGAGUGUGCAGGCCUUGUAUGGGGCGAAGAAGCCCAUCAGUGUCGGACAACUUCCAUGGACGCGUCAGUGCGAUGUUACACGGAAAACGAAUCAGACUUUCAGAUACGACUUGUUGGGGGUGAAACUAACAUGACUGGACGAGUAAACAUCUAUCAUGGAGGACGUUGGUGGGAUGUGUGUGACGAUUGGUGGGGUGAUGAUGACGCUAGCGCCGUCUGUCGGACACUGGGAUACAGGAAAGGGAAUGCGACGCACGGGCAGUAUAACACGGGUAGAUUAGACGGGUUUGGCUGGGACAUGGUUUUCUGUCCCCCCGAUGUUACUGAUGUACGCCAUUGCUUUCACCGGGGUUGGGGAAGACACACGUGCUACUGGUACGAAGUGGCAGGAGUAGUGUGUGAGUAAUGACCAGUGCCAUAUUUAUAACCAGAAGAAAAAAUGGGCGUGGCAGGGGAGACAAAAGAUGAGGAAACCAAAACUUACUUUAAUGUUUAAGUACUCAAUAACCAUGGAAGAACCAUUCUGAUUAUUUAUUUGACAUUCCGUGAUAUCUAUUCAAUCACCUUCAUGCACAACCUCAAACUCCAUAUUUAUCAUAUCGUAUCAGUAGGGUGAUAUCACCGUGGACAUCAUUAGGGUGAUAUCACCGUGGACAUCAGUAGGGCGAUAUCACCGUGGACAUCAGUAGGGCGAUAUCGCUGUGGACAUAAGUAGGGCGAUAUCACCGUGGACAUCAUUAGGGUGAUAUAACAGUGGAUAUAAGAAGAACGAUAUCAUCGUGGACAUCAUCAGGGCGAUAUCACCGUGGACAUCAUCAGGGCGAUAUCACCGUGGACAUCAGUAGGUCGAUAUCACCCUGGACAUCAGUAGGGCGAUAUCACCGUGGACAUCAUCAGGGCGAUAUCACCUUGGACAUCAGUAGGGCGAUAUCACCAUGGACAUCAUCAGGGUGAUAUCACCGUGGACAUCAUCAGGGCGAUAUCACCUUGGACAUCAGUAGGGCGAUAUCACCAUGGACAUCAUCAGGGUGAUAUCACCGUGGACAUCAUCAGGGCGAUAUCGCCGUGGACAUCACCAGGACGAUAUCACCGUGGACAUCAGUAGGGCGAUAUCACCAUGGACAUCAUCAGGACGAUAUCACCGUGGACAUCAGUAGGGCGAUAUCACCCUGGACAUCAGCAGGGUGAUAUCACCGUGGACAUCAGUAGGGCGAUAGCACAGUGGACAUCAGUAGGGCGAUAUCACCGUGGACAUCACCAGGACGAUAUCACCUUGGACAUCAGUAGGGCGAUAUCACCGUGGACAUCAUCAGGGUGAUAUCACCGUGGACAUCAGUAGGGCGAUAUCACCCUGGACAUCAGCAGGGUGAUAUCACCGUGGACAUCAGUAGGGCGAUAGCACAGUGGACAUCAGUAGGGCGAUAUCACCGUUGACAUCAUCAGGGCGAUAUCACCGUGGACAUCAGUAGGGCGAUAUCACCGUGGACAUCAUCAGGGCGAUAUCACCGUGGACAUCAGUAGGGCGAUAUCACCCUGGACAUCAGCAGGGUGAUAUCACCGUGGACAUCAGUAGGGUGAUAUCACCGUGGACAUCAGUAGGGCGAUAGCACAGUGGACAUCAGUAGUGCGAUAUCACCGUUGACAUCAUCAGGGCGAUAUCACCGUGGACAUCAGUAGGGUGAUAUCACCGUGGACAUUAGUAGGGCGAUAUCACCGUGGACAUCAGUAGGGCGAUAUCAUCGUGGACAUCAUCAUGGCGAUAUCACCGUGGACAUUAGUAGGGCGAUAUCACCAUGGACAUCAGUAGGGCGAUAUCAUCGUGGACAUCAUCAUGGCGAUAUCAACGUGGACGUCAGUAGGGCGAUAUCACCGUGGACACCAGUAGGGCGAUAUCACCGUGGACAUCAGUAGGGCGAUAUCACCGUGGACAUCAUCAGGGCGAUAUCACCGUGAACAUCAUCAGGGCGAUAUCACCGUGAACAUCAUUAGGGCGAUAUCAUCGUGGACAUCAUUGUGGUUCUUAUAACACAACCAGAAGAAGAUCUGGAUUGGAAGUUUCGAUGACUACUUUGUCACCUUCAUCUGUGAAGCGUACUAUCACUGACGUACGUAGUUUACGAGAUGGUACGGAAUGCCACUUUAAUUUCAGCCGACCACUGAGAGAAACUUCAUCGCCAUAUACUUUUCAGCAUUGUUUUAUUGUCACCAAUUCAUGAGGUCUCUCAGAAUCACACAAAUAUAUAAUGACAACUUGAUACAUUUGAAAUAAUUAGAUGUUGCUUUGUCAGGAUAUGUGAAUAUAGGUCACAGUGAUACAGGUUAGUCUCUUGUGACUGUAGGAUCUCUAUUGUCUACUCAUGUCAAGCGCAAUACUUCCUAUAAAAAUAAUAACUUUAUCUAUUCUACAACAAUUGCUAAACAAACGAUUUUAUCUGAUAAUAAUCACUUAAUGGUCCAGAUGUAAGCGCGCGAGAGGAAACCCCACGUGGUCGGGCAGAUGACCCCCUUAUCUUUUCACGUCCGUUUCGAGACUCGAACCCCGGCCGGCUACGUGAAAGGCGAGUGCGUUACCACUGAACCACCCGAUCACCCCCUUCAAUUCAGACUGGUUGUUGACGAACAACGUUAUUGUGUUACCUCACAUCACUUAUAUCGAUGUAAUCUACAACUGUAUGUAAAUGCUGAAAUAAACAUUUUGUAUGAGAUUUCUUA